AUGUCGGCCGCCUUCAAGGCAUUCAGAUCGGCAGCUCAAACGCCUUUGAAACAUUCAAUUAUAUAUAAUGAAAAACAUGUGGAAGUCAAACGAACUAUCAAACAGGUUGUUGAUAAACAUAUAAAUCCUAACGUGCAACAAUGGGAAGCUGAUGGUUGCUUCCCAGCUCAUGAAGUUUUCAAAAGGCUAGGAGAUGCCGGAGCCCUGGCGGUGAACAAACCAACAGAAUAUGGAGGGCUUGGAUUAGAUUUUUCUUAUUCCAUAGCCGUAGCUGAAGAGCUCGGAAGAGUAACUUGUGGGGCUAUACCGAUGGCUGUUAGUGUUCAGAAUGACAUGGCAACACCAGCGUUAGCGGAAUUCGGGUCUGAUCACUUACGAAGAGAAUUUCUCACACCAUCCAUAACGGGCGAUGCAGUCGCUUGCUUAGCAAUAAGUGAGCCAGAAGCUGGUAGCGAUGUUGCCGCAAUUCGUACUCAUGCCAGAUGGGAUGGUAGUGAUCUUAUUAUAAGUGGCUCAAAACUGUGGAUCACUAACGGAACACAGGCUGAUUGGGCCUGUGUGUUAGUGAAUACGAACCAACAUCCAUCCUUGCAUCGCAACAAGAGUUUACUUUGUAUAAGAUUAGAUGAAGCAGGUAUUCAUCGCAGUCCUCCCUUGAAAAAACUGGGAAUGCAGUCUUCUGAUACAGCUCAAAUAUUUUUCGAUGACGUCCGUGUUCCUUCUCGAAAUAUCAUCGGCGAUGAAGGAAGAGGCUUCGUAUAUCAGAUGAUGCAGUUCCAAGAUGAACGAUUAGUCACAGCAGCAGUUUUACUAGAGCCCUUGAAACGUUGCAUAGAUUUAACAAUAGACUAUACCCGCAAUCGAAAUAUAUUUAACAGCACUGUACUUAACCAACAGAUCGUUCAUUACUCGCUCGCAGAAUUACAAACUGAGUUGGAAGCUUUAAAAGCUCUGCUAUACGCCACGGUGGCUGCAAGAAUCGCUGGAGAGGAUGUUACACUUCCAGCAUCAAUGGCAAAGCUGAAAGCUGGAAGAUUAGCUCGUCAAAUUACAGACAGUUGCAUGCAAUUCUGGGGUGGACAAGGCUAUUUGUGGGACAACCCGAUAUCUCAAUUACAUCGAGAUCUGAGGUUGCAUUCUAUUGGUGCUGGAUGCGAUCAAGUGAUGCUCUCAAUAAUUUGUAAAUACAUGGAUAUUCUUCCUAAAAAUUAUUAA